CCUAAACUUAACAUAAUUUAGGGGUCAUGUCCCACCCGUGCAUUAGCUUCAUUCAUUCAAAGCAUCUUCUUCUUUCUUUCUAUCCCUUCAAAAUCCUUUCAUCUUCUUUCUUUCUCUUCAAAGUUCGAACGCCCUUGUCGUGAAGUGAAACUAAAUGACACUCACCGCUUCUCUUCUUCUCUCUUAAAUACUUCACCUCCUCUCUUUUCUCUUCUCCACCAUUCCUACCCUUUUCUUUAUCCUCCCUUUCAAUGGCCAUCAUUUCUCUCUUCCUUCUCUCUCUUCUCUUCUCCUCUUUCUCCGCCUUCCUCUGCCGGACCUUACCUCCGACCCCCAGAACCUCCGUGCUCGAUGUGGCUGCUUCCAUUCAGAGAACUCAACAGAUCUUUGCCAUGGAGCCGAAAUCUUCAACCCCAGAUGAAAUUACAGUCUCUGAUUCAUCUUCCUUGUCUCUACAGUUGAAUUCCAGGAUUUCUGUUAUGAAAACUUCGCACAGUGACUACAAAUCCCUCACAUUAUCCAGACUGAAGCGCGACUCUGCUCGAGUCAAAUCCUUGACUGCUAGGAUAGAUCUAGCCAUUCGAGGAAUUACGGGAACAGAUCUUGAACCUCUCGGGAAUGGUGAUGGUGGUGGUUCGCAAUUUGGGGCUGAGGAUUUCGAGAGUCCGAUUGUGUCAGGGGCGAGUCAGGGGAGUGGUGAGUAUUUCUCCCGAGUUGGAAUCGGUAGGCCGCCGAGUCCGGUUUACAUGGUGCUUGAUACUGGCAGUGAUGUAAGUUGGGUACAAUGUGCUCCUUGUGCUGAAUGUUACGAGCAAACCGAUCCAAUUUUUGAACCGACUUCCUCUGCUUCUUUCACAUCUUUGUCUUGUGAAACAGAGCAAUGCAAAUCGCUCGAUGUUUCAGAGUGCCGGAAUGGUACUUGUCUCUACGAAGUCUCUUACGGCGAUGGCUCUUACACCGUUGGCGAUUUCGUUACUGAAACCGUUACUCUCGGCUCGACUUCUCUCAGAAACAUUGCCAUUGGCUGCGGCCAUAACAAUGAGGGUUUGUUCAUCGGCGCUGCCGGAUUGCUCGGACUUGGCGGCGGCUCGCUCUCGUUUCCUUCGCAGCUCAAUGCCUCGUCUUUCUCGUACUGUCUUGUGGACCGUGACUCUGAUUCCACCUCAACUCUCGAUUUCAACUCACCGAUUUCUCCCGAUGCUGUAACCGCGCCGCUUCACCGGAACCCUAAUUUAGACACGUUUUUUUACCUUGGAUUGACGGGGAUGAGCGUCGGAGGCACUGUUCUUCCUAUUCCCGAGACUUCGUUCCAAAUGAGCGAAGACGGUAACGGCGGGAUCAUCGUCGACUCCGGCACCGCCGUGACGCGGUUGCAGACUACCGUUUAUAACGUUCUUCGCGACUCGUUCGUCAAGAGCACGCACGAUUUGCAGUCCGCACGUGGCGUGGCGUUGUUCGAUACAUGUUACGACUUGUCGUCGAAGUCGAGUGUUGAAGUUCCGACGGUGUCGUUUCAUUUCGCCAACGGGAAUGAGUUACCGUUGCCGGCUAAAAAUUACCUCAUACCGGUUGACUCCGAAGGAACGUUUUGUUUCGCUUUUGCCCCUACCGAUUCCACGCUGUCAAUCCUCGGGAACGCUCAGCAGCAAGGGACACGUGUCGGUUUCGACCUUUCUAAUUCGCUCGUUGGGUUCUCACCCAACAAAUGCUAAUUAAUCAUUAUAUAGUUUUUUUUUUUUUUUUUUUAAUAAUAGAAGUCUCGUCGUCUUAACUCUUAA